AUGUCUGUGUCUCCCUCUUCACCAGAUAUUUGUGCUGUAUGUGGGGGACUACCGAAUGGACGAAGAUAUGGUCCCAUCACCUGCUUGGGAUGCAUUGUAUUCUUUCGGAGGGCUGUUCAAGAUGACAAACUGGGAAAGUGCGAAAAGGACUGUUUGUAUAAAAAUAUUCGGGAUCUUAAGUUCAUUUGUCGAAGUUGUCGACUCCAAAGAUGUUUAAUUGCUGGUAUGAAUCCUGACGCUAUCAGACUCCGUGAUAAACUUGGUCCUCGAAGACCAAAACAAACACAAAUGGAUUCAUGUUCUCUGAAGACCGAUAGAGACCUAACCUCUUUAUUGGUGCUACAGAAGAAACAAAGAAAUCUUCACAAACGAUAUUGUAAGCCGAAAUUGAAUGUUUCGGAAACAUUGAUCAUGAUCAAACAAAAAUUAUACCGUCGAGCGAGUUCUUACGAUAUAGAAUUGGUUCUGAAAAUUGGUUUACAAAAUGCAAUGGAAUGGGCAAAUCAGUUUGAAUCGUUUUGGACCUUCAAAAUCCACGAGAAAAAAUUGGUACUGUCGGAAUUCGGUAUUGCAUAUAUACUAGUGGAUCAAGCAUCCAAAACCGCUAUGAUGGCUGACAAAAGAUUCUGGUUACUUCAAAAUGACAGUUUUUUACAUCCGGAUUAUUUUUUGAAUAUUUCACCGAAAGAUGCACAAUUGGAAAAUAAUAAAGUGCAUGCGAGAAAUCAUUUUGAGUUUGUAAGUGGAUUAUUGAAGCGAAUUAGCGAUCCAUUUUCAAGUCUUCAAAUCGAUAGAUUCGAAUGUGUCAUAUUAAAAACACUGUUAUUGCUGACACCUUCAUAUCCAGGAGAAGUGCAACUAGAAGGUUCACAAAAAGUAGUAUCAAAGUGUAUGUCUGUUUUGAUGGCACAUUGUGUCAAAAAAUCACCGAGAAUCGGAGUGGAACGUUUUGGAGAGAUUGUCCUUUUGAUGAGGUCGAUUCGAUGUGCUGUGAAAUGUUUCUACAAUCAAACAAAGCUUUCUUCACUGUUCGAUAUUUCCAAAUUCGAUUCAUUUGUCAGAGGAAUUUUUCUAUCAUGA